CCUUGCUUCAGUGUGCUCAGUGACAUCAUGGCGGAAGGUCGAGUGCGCCGCUACGUGCCGGAGGAUCUCUCUAAUGUCGAGUUCGAGACUAGCGAGGAGGUGCAGGUCGUGCCUACCUUCGACGGCUUAGGCCUACGCGAAGACCUGCUGCGGGGGGUGUAUGCCUAUGGGUUUGAGAAGCCCUCCGCCAUCCAGCAGCGAGCCAUCAAGCCUAUCGUGAAGGGCCGGGAUGUCAUUGCCCAGGCCCAGUCCGGCACGGGAAAGACAGCCACCUUCUCCAUCUCCAUCCUGCAGAUCCUGGACAUCAAUGUGAGGGAGACGCAGGUGCUCACUCUCUCACCCACGAGGGAGCUGGCCGUGCAGAUUCAGAAGGUGGUGCUGGCGCUGGGUGACUACAUGAACGUUCAGUGCCAUGCUUGCAUCGGCGGCACAAACCUGGGCGAGGACAUCCGCAAGCUUGACUAUGGGCAGCACGUCGUCUCUGGCACGCCGGGCAGGGUGUUUGACAUGAUCCGGAGACGUACACUCAGAACACGCUCUAUCAAGAUGCUGGUGCUGGACGAAGCCGACGAGAUGCUUAACAAAGGGUUCAAGGAGCAGAUCUACGACGUGUACCGCUACCUGCCGCCCGCCACCCAGGUCGUGCUCAUCUCCGCCACGCUGCCCCACGAGAUCCUUGAGAUGACCUCCAAGUUCAUGACAGACCCCAUCCGCAUCCUUGUAAAGCGUGAUGAAUUGACGCUGGAAGGCAUCAAGCAGUUCUUCGUGGCAGUGGAGCGAGAGGAGUGGAAGUUCGACACCCUCUGCGACCUGUACGACACCCUCACCAUCACACAGGCUGUCAUCUUCUGCAACACCAAGCGCAAGGUUGACUGGCUGACAGAGAAGAUGCGGGAGGCCAAUUUCACCGUGUCAUCAAUGCACGGGGACAUGCCACAGAAGGAACGAGACGCCAUCAUGAAGGAGUUCCGAUCGGGCCAAUCACGUGUCCUCAUCACCACGGACAUCUGGGCACGAGGCAUUGAUGUCCAGCAGGUGUCGUUGGUGAUCAACUAUGAUCUCCCCAACAACCGUGAGCUGUACAUCCACCGCAUUGGUCGAUCGGGGCGAUUCGGACGCAAGGGUGUGGCCAUCAACUUUGUCAAGAACGACGACAUCAGGAUCCUGAGGGACAUUGAACAGUACUACUCAACACAGAUUGACGAGAUGCCCAUGAACGUUGCCGAUCUGAUCUAACGCGUGUGUGGUAAGACACCGAAAGUAAAUUAUAGCUUGUUUUAUUAACUUAUCUUUACUCUAUUUAGUAAAGGUGAAAAUGUGACUGACCAAUCAUUUUUACAUUUUAUUCAGUUGUGUGAAUGCGAGUGAAUGGUGUGUGUUUAGUGAUUGGUAUUUGCAUAGUUAUUCAUUAGUUCCUAUGGUAGUCGAUAUCAGUAUACACACGUACAGUGGUCAAACAUAUUUUCAAAAGCACAUCCUAUGGUACAAGUCUAGAGCACUGGUUCCUAAGCUCAGCACUUCAUCCCUUCUCCUCGUCAUUUAUUUCAACCUCCUCCGUUCUGAAAUACAUUAACUACAAAGCCCAAGUUCAUUAUCACACGUAUAUUUAUAAUUUAAGAUGUCACAAGUAUUAAAUUAUUGAGGCAUGAAUAAUUUACAAGUGUUGGUAAGCUUAGGAACCACUGCACUAGAGGAACAAUCAGUCUGUUAGCUCUGCAGAAAUUUUUGUAAAGGAGUUGGACAAUACAAACCCGUGAAUGGAAAUUUGUAA